CGGCGUACUCUGUCGCGCACACCGGUCCGCCUCGUAUACUCUGUGACUACGCUGUUCCCGCGAACUCGUAUUUAUCGUCGUACUGACCAUACUCAACGACCGUUGAUUCGUAAAAAUAAAAAACGGGUUAGGUUUUGUACUCGAAUUUUUGUUAUUUGAUUUGUCAUCGUUUUUAUUUUCAUUAUUUUUUUUUCGUUUGUUUUAACCUGUUUAAAUUCGUGUCAUAUCGUCCUAUAAUAUAAUAACAUCAUCAUCAUCACCUAAUAUAUUAUAAUAAUAUUAAACAUAGAGUUUUGCCUGAAACCGUACGGCUGUGCUGCCGUUGAUAUCUGAAUCGGAAUACAGAUAUGUGGCCGAAAUUUGCAUUUCUUGGACUUGUGAUCAUCCGGUUAAUGGUAUCUGCGAAUCCAGAUGCAAAGAGAUUAUAUGACGAUCUCUUGUCCAGCUACAACAAGCUUGUCAGACCCGUGGUGAAUACUAGCGAUGUACUUCGGGUAUCUAUAAAGCUGAAACUGUCGCAGCUUAUCGAUGUGAACUUGAAAAAUCAGAUUAUGACCACCAAUUUGUGGGUAGAGCAGGCGUGGAAUGACUACAAAUUACAAUGGGACCCAAAGGAGUAUGGUGGCGUGCAAAUGCUCCAUGUACCUUCUGAUCACAUUUGGCGGCCUGAUAUCGUGCUCUACAACAACGCCGACGGCAAUUUCGACGUGACGCUGGCCACCAAGGCGACCAUAUACCACAUAGGGCUGGUAGAAUGGAAACCGCCGGCCAUAUUCAAAUCGUCGUGCGAGAUCGACGUGGAAUUUUUCCCGUUCGACGAGCAGACGUGCGUGUUGAAAUUCGGUAGCUGGACGUACGACGGAUUCAAGGUAGACUUGAGACACAUGGACGAAAAGGUUGGUUCGAACAUCGUCGACGUCGGAGUGGAUCUCUCAGAAUUUUACAUGUCGGUCGAAUGGGACAUACUGGAAGUACCAGCGGUCAGGAACGAAAAGAUCUAUCCAUGUUGUGACGAACCGUAUUUAGACAUAACGUUUAAUAUAACCAUGAGGAGGAAAACACUUUUCUAUACGGUAAACAUCAUCAUCCCAUGCAUGGGAAUCUCGUUCCUCACAGUUUUGACGUUUUACUUGCCAUCGGACAGCGGUGAAAAAGUGACAUUAUCUAUAUCAAUUUUGAUUAGUCUUCACGUUUUUUUCCUGCUGGUUGUCGAAAUUAUACCCCCAACAUCAUUAGUAGUUCCAUUACUGGGAAAAUACUUGAUAUUUGCUAUGAUAUUGGUUUCAAUAAGCAUUUGUGUUACUGUAGUUGUAUUGAACGUUCAUUUUCGAUCACCUCAGACGCACAAAAUGGCACCUUGGGUAAAAAGAGUGUUCAUUCAUAUACUGCCAAGACUUUUAGUAAUGCGAAGACCUCAAUACCAAUUUGAACCAAAUAAAUUCAACGCCGGUUCAAUAAUGCUGAAAGGUAGAGACAUACAUCCAUGUUUCUUCCAGGCUGGCUGUGGUUACGACAACACAGAAGCUGGUAAAGAUAAAGGUCGUCGACAAACAGAUGACAGUAGCGUGUCGAAAGGCACCAGAGAAACUUCCAAAGAAGACUUAUCCAGUGAUGGAGAAGGAGGUAGUUGUCAGGUACAUGGGGUGGCACAAAGUCUGGUGUCCGAUGAGAUAUCAGUCACCGAGAUGACAACAGAUUGCAGCAAGAGCUCUAUCUUACUUAGGAGUCCCGGAUUUCUGCAUUCAUCCUGUCCUCCAGCCAUGCAUAAGUCGUGUUUUUGCAUCCGAUUCAUCGCAGAACACACGAAAAUAACGGACGACGCGACCAAAGUGAAAGAAGAUUGGAAGUAUGUCGCGAUGGUCUUGGACAGAUUAUUCUUAUGGAUAUUUACACUGGCGGUGUUCGCGGGCACGGCAGGUAUUAUCCUACAAGCGCCCACGUUGUACGAUGAUCGGAUACCGAUCGACAAAAAGUUUAGCGAAUACCAAACGUCACCUAGCAUAAGGAAGAAACUGAAGAUAGGCCGUUAUUGAAAUAAAGUAUACAUCGUACAGUUUGACGCAACGCGAAGGCACCUAAAAUCUACAAAAAACAAAAACAAAUUUCAACGCUGGAGAAGUAAUUUUUUAGUUGCAGUUUCAAUUGCAGCGGUUGUUCAUGAUGAUGAUAAUAUUAAUAAAUUAGCCGAAAAAUAAUAAUAUAACUAUGUUUUUAUACGUUUAAGUUUUGUUGUAUAUUAAUUUUGUUAUAAUACUAAUAACGAUAAUUUCAAUGAUGCCCACUAACAGAGUAAUUUAUUACGCAAUAAUAAUAAUAAUAAAGCACAGACACUGUACGCGUGUGUCCAAUAAUAAUAC